CAAGAUUAAUCGAUUACAACACUUCACCUGUCAAAAGCGCAUGGUUAUCAAAUAAAUAAAUAUAUUCGAAUUGAUUAUAAACAAAUAUACGACAUAGAUUUAAAUCCUGGUUGAAAGGGGAACAACAAGUUAAUAAACAUGGGAAAAGUCAACAAAAACAUCCGCAUGAAAGCCAAGGCUGCGGUAUCAAAAGCCGCUACUGCCACCAACAACAUUAAAACAAAAAUACAAAAUGUUGGCAAGAAAGAUGAUACGGGUGUCCUCGAGGACAAACUUCUCCUAACUAAGACGCCUACUAAGAAGAAAGCAAUUACCAAACGCGAGAAGGUGCGCCAGAAACACAAACAUCUAAUGAAUAAAUUUGCAUUGAUAAAAAAGCAACGUAAAGACGAAGCAGCGCGUAAAAACAGAGAAAAGACGGCGGUUAUAGGUGAUUUGAAGCCUCUGAAAGAUGCAUUACCCUCCUUAGAUGAACUAUUUAAAUUAAGUAAACAAUCUGAUAGUAAAACGGGAAUCAAAGAUAUUGAUGAGCCAACAUCUAAGGAGAAUCCAAAAGAUGAUAAGAAAUUGAAUGUUAAGCAAAAGUUGAAGAAAAAGAAGGAGAAAUUUGUACGACAAGUUAGCUCUUACCAGGCCCUUCUCAAAGAUCCAGAUUUUAAGAAAAAUCCUCGUGAUGCAAUUUCCUAUCAUAUAAAAUACACACGUGGCCUUAUAGAUGAAUAAAGUAGAACUAACUAUAUACAUAUGUAUACAUUGUGUUUAAAAGUAUAUUAUAUUAAUAUAAUAUAUAUUUUUGUAGCGUAAAAGCCUGCAACAUUAAAUAUUUAGGAAACAAAUUAUUCAUUGAAUCUAAUAAACCUUUAUACUCCAUAAGGCCCAUUUUUCCUUGUUUUAAAUUUAAUGUUAAAACAUUGCAAUCGUUAACUGACGGUUUCAGAAUGUUACAAUUUUUUAUUGAACUUUUAAUAACGUCGCAGAAAUCAAACCAGAAAAACUCGUUUUUAUCAUAUCAUUUAUUAAUACUAAUCUUACGGAUGAGAAGAUUUUUGUAAUGAUUUUUAUCAUUUAUUUGGAUUUCCUUCAUUCUUACAUGAGCCAAGUAAUUGUUCUUAACUAUUUUAGAUCUACAAGCAUAUUGAACUUAAUUUAGUAUGAAUGUGUGUAUGCGCUUGAGUAAAUUAAAUAAAAUUAUAGGUUUUUAUCA